AUGGGUUUGUCAGCAAAUAUUUUCCCUUCUAGUCGAAUUGAAAAUUUACAAGAGCUCUCUUCUGUAGGUCAGGGGUUUAUGGGUGAUGCUAUGGUACAUUUGGAUGUACCAUACAUCAGUUAUGAGAUUAUAAGUCCAACGGUCCCAAGCCAAUUGCCUCCCUCUCUUGCUCUGCUUCGUGCUCUUGCUCUUCUCUUCUCCUCCUUCCUCUGUUCUACCAUAGCCGAAGCUGUAGCGAUUGCCGAAGUCCAACGGUCAAGCGUCGGGGCCACCGUUCUUCACCUUUCUCUUCUCUUCCACCGUAGCAGAAGCUUCCGCCAUGGCCAAAGACCACCAGCCCCGUCGGCGAUUCACGCCAACGUUGUCGACAUCUUCUUCACAAGCCUUCAAUCGGUUCACGUCUCCACCAUGGGUUUGUCAGCAAAUAUUUUCCCUUCUAGUCGAAUUGAAUAUUUACUAGAGCUCUCUUCUGUAGGUCAGCAUUAAAUGAUGCACUGAAAGAGGAGAUUCAGCAUUUGAAAGUACUGACUGGCCAAACUAUUCCGAACGAUGGACCAAUGAUGAACUUUCCUCCAUCGUUUGGAGCCAACCAACAAUUUUAUCCCAACAAUCAUCCUAUGCACACUCUCUUGACUGUCCAACAGUUUCAGCAACUCCAAAUUCAUCUCCAGAAGCAGCAGCUGCAGCAGCAGCAGCACCACCAGUUUUCACAACAUCAACUACACCAAUUUCAGCAGCAACAACUUCGGCAACAGCAGCAGGAGCAGCACUCACAACAAUUGCGUGCUUCAAUGCAUUCUCCAAGCCAGAAAGAGAACAGUUCAGAUGUCAACCCUUCAUCAAAGGAUUAAUUGCGGAAUAGAAAUGGGCGGAUGUGGAAAUGGGCGGAUUUGUGGAGCUUGAAGGGGUCAGUUAUUGUCCAAAUCUUUGGUGUUCCGAUUAUGGUGUCAGAUAUGUCCAUUUUCUGUCUGUUGUGUGUGUGACUAGAUGCGUCUGUGUAACUAUUUCGUAGGCAGUUUAUAUUUGGAUUUAUGUUCAGGAUUUGAGAUGUGGCGGUUGAUCUAUUUGUAGGAGUAUUAUGUUGGAUUUAGUUCGUGGUUGAAUUGUGGGAGUGAUUUCAUUCAUUUAUUUUAGUCAUGUAGCACAUGUUUUGGCGAAUAUAUUGGCGGUAGUCUUGUAUUUAAAAUUUUCAAAAUGCUCUCUCUCU